AUGAGUAAAAGGUUCUUGGAGAGCUGUGGCUAUACAGUUAAGAGCAACCUGGGAGAGGGUAUGUUUGGUAAAGUUAUGAAUGCAUACUCAACUGGACUGAAGAGAAGGGUUGCCAUAAAGGUAAUAGACAAAAAAAAGGUUGAAGCUACUUACUUGGAAAGGUUUCUGUCUCGGGAAAUGGAGAUCAUCAGGUCUUUGAACCAUCCCAACAUUGUCAAGACUCUUGACAUCGUUGAAUCACACCAAAGCAAGGUCUAUGUGGUGAUGGAGCUCUGUGUAAAAGGAGACGUCUUGAAGCAUAUCAAUGUCAAGGGGGCCUUACCUGAACAUUCAGGCUGCAGGCUUUUCACACAGCUGUGCGAGGCAGUCCAAUAUCUUCACAACAUUGACUUGGCUCACAGAGACCUUAAAUGUGAAAACCUGCUGCUGGACAAGCAUUGCAACCUUAAAGUGUGUGACUUUGGGUUCAGCAAGAGGCUCACUUACACACACGGGAAGGUGGUACUGAGUGAAACCUUCUGUGGCACCUCGUCCUAUGCAGCACCUGAGAUUUUGCAAUCUUUUCCAUACAACCCCAAAGUGUCUGAUGUGUGGAGUAUGGGUGUCGUCCUGUAUAUGAUGCUAUAUGCAUCAAUGCCCUAUGAUGCCACCAACAUUAGAAGAAUGGUAGAAAUUCAAAUUCUGCACAUAAUCAACUUCCCAAACAUUCCAUCUGUUUCGUGGGAGGCAAAGGACCUUAUCCGAAGCAUUCUGCACCCUGUUGUGGAGCAGCGAAAUACAAUCCAAAACAUGUUACAGAGUCCCUGGAUGUUGCUCGGAGGGAAGACAGCGAUGAAGCCCCCCACACCAAAAGCUACCUCUGGGCAGGAAGGUCCUCCAAAUAAAAAGGACAAAGAGGAUGGGAAACUUUCAAAAGACAAUUCAGAACAAGGGGAAGAACCAUCAACUUCUGUCCAAAGACAUUGA